CUCUCUCUCUCUCUCUCUCUACCUCUAUAAAACCCCCUUCAAUUCCUCACCACUCUCUCUUGCUUCCUCUCUUGUUUCCAAUUCCCCCACCUCCCUUUCCUUCCUUUCUUUGUUCCCCUUUUUUUUUUUGGUUAACCUGCUCUUUAAGGAGAGGAGAGCAAUGGUAACUCCAGAGGAAGCCAUGGUCUCCGACAACAGCACCAACAGCAACAGCGACUGCACCCAUGCCGUCGUGAAAGGAAAGCGAACCAAGCGCCAGAGGCUCCACCUAGCGCCGGCCCCAGCGGUUGCCACCGCCCCCACCUCCUCGACCUCCUCAGCUGAGAUCUCCGGGACCACCACCGAGGAGGAGGAGGACAUGGCCAAUUGCCUCAUCCUCCUCGCCCAAGGUCGCUCCCUUGAUACCGUCCCGAAGCCCGAAUCACCGAGAGAAGAAGGUGCCGGCCCAGCCAGUACCAACGGUGUGGCCGACAAGUUCACCAGCCGUAGUAGGCUAGCCGAGGCCACCACGACGACCGACGGCAAGGCUGGAUUCUAUGUCUACGAGUGCAAGACCUGCAACAAAUGCUUCCCUUCAUUCCAAGCUCUCGGCGGCCAUCGAGCAAGCCAUAAGAAGCCCAAGCUAGCGAUCCCGAUGACCGGAAACGAAGCAAAGAAAGCAGUGAUCGAUGAAGAUAGCCUCCAAGUAAGCAUGAAUUCAUUGAUCUCGAAGUCAAUUAUGGCUACCACCAACACCAACAGCAGUAGUAUCAGCAAUAACAAGCCCAGGAUCCAUGAGUGCUCGAUAUGUGGUUCGGAAUUCUCCUCAGGGCAAGCAUUAGGAGGCCACAUGAGGCGGCACCGACAGGUGAGCAUCCAGGAACCCUCGGAGGCGAAGAAGCAAAGGAACGUUCUCUCAUUGGAUCUCAACCUCCCAGCACCAUCUGAUGACGACCGUGAAGAAGUUCCGAAAUCACCGUCAGCCAUGGCCUUAGCAUUUGAGAGCAAACAGCCGCUCGUCAUCUCGGCGUCGGCCUUGGUGGAUUGCCAUUAUUAAGCGGGCAUUGAAAUCAAAGCUGUCUUAUUUCUAACUGUUAUUAUUUGAAGCCCGGAGGGGGUCAUGUUGAUUAUAUCUUUUACCAUUUACCAUUGAUUCUUUGGAUUCUUUACACCUUAGUUGUUCUCCUAUGGAGAUGGAUGGUGAUGAUGUUAUGUAAAGAAGAAUGAAGAAAAGGUGUUAUUGUGUUCAUGAGAAGGGAGUGAUCAGUUCAAAGGCUUUU